CUUCUGUCCCAGGCUUCAGAGUCCCUAUAAAGAGGGGCUCCAAACUCAGAUCAGCACCAGACACAGGUUCUGAAGUUUCUGAGCUCUUCAGUCUCAGCUCCACCAAGCUUCUGAACUCUGCUGUCUCGGCUCUACCUUAACCAUGAAAUUCUGUGUGACUGUCCUCUCUCUCCUCGUGAUUGGGGCUGACUUCUGCUCUCCAGUGCUCUCUGCACCAAUGAGCUCAGACCCUCCGACAGCCUGCUGCUUCUCUUUCACCCAGCGGAAGCUUCCUCGCAACUUUGUGGUUGAUUACUAUGAGACGAGCAGCCUCUGCCCCCAGCAAGCUGUGGUAUUCCAAACAAAAAAGGGCAGGCAAGUCUGUGCUAACCCCAGUGAGGCCUGGGUUCAGGAGCACGUGGAAUACCUAGAACUGAACGAAGAAUAAUGUCUUCAGGGAAGGUCACCUGAGCCCUGAUACUUCUCAACAAGAUGCACCUUAUUCUCCAUGUUCACAAUGCCUCUCCGUAGUUCCUGCCCCUUCUCAUGGUUUAAUCUUUAAUAUGUGCUGUUUUAUUAGAUUCAUUAUUUUAUUAUUUAUGUUUGAUGAAAGGACACGUGUCUCCCAUGGGGACGGUCCAUCCUCACUGUUUCUCUGCUAUUGUAGACACAUGGAUGAUGUACUUAAUUUCCUGCACUUUCAUAAUAAAACUUUUUUUAAAAUGUAAA